AAAAAGCUCCACACACUCUCUCUCUCUCUUUCUCUGCAUUUGACAUUCCAAGCUAGUCUCUCACCCUCCUCUUCCUCCCUAAUCCAAUAUAAUCUCAACCCUUAAUCAAACACUAACCAUGAUUAUCUCCAUAACAAAGCCCGCUCUAAAACCGAAGCGCCCCAUCUUUCCAAUCACACCAAGACCACCGCCAUCUCUUUUCCUCUCUUCCAUCUCCAAUUCCCACCAAAACCCAAAAAUCUCAUCCCCCAACACCUACAAUUCCAUAAAAUCAAACACCCAUCUCAUAAAACCUCUCUUAGACCCAAUUCCCACCUCCAAAACCUCUCCUCCUAUUCCCUCCACCAACAACAGCCAUUUUCUCCAUCUGGGUAAUUCAAAGGUGUUGGUCUUGUGUGGUUUUGGGUAUUGGAUCCAAGGGUUCAGAUGCUUCCCUUGGCUGGCUCUCAACUUCCACAUGGCCCAAGGUCUUAACCUCCACCCUUCCACACUGCAGCUGGUGCAGUACACUGCUAAUCUGCCCAUGGUAGCUAAGCCUCUGUUUGGUGUCCUGUCUGAUGCCAUUUACAUUGGAGCUGCUCAUAGACUCCCUUACAUAUCCUUUGGAGUACUUUUGCAGGUUCUGUCAUGGGGGACACUGGCUUUGAUUCCAAUCACGGGUGUAACUCUUCCGACUCAAAUGGCAUGCAUUUUGCUGAGCAACCUCGGCGCAUCCUUCACAGAAGUUGCAAGUGACGCUCUCAUAGCUGAAUUUGGUAAAAAACACAAAGUGGGCGAGCUCCAAUCCUAUGCAUUCAUGGCACUAGCAGCAGGUGGGAUCUUAGGCAACUUGUCUGGAGGACUCUUCUUACAGAAAACCCAACAACCCAAAAUAUUGUUUCUUGUGUUUUCUCUCCUACUUUCAUUCCAACUUGCGGCUUCCUUAACUACAAGAGAGAACAUGAUUGAUGCACCCCGACGCCCAUCUCAUCAUCUCGUGCAGAAAUCCAUAUCGGAAAACCUAAGCAAACAGUUCUCCAACCUGAUCACAGCCGUCAAUGAAGACCACAUUUUCCGUCCUCUUUCUUGGGUUAUAGCCUCCAUUGCGGUUGUUCCAAUGCUAUCAGGAACCACAUACUGUUACCAAAUGCAGUGCCUAAAGCUCAAGCCUUCGAUCAUUGGGCUAUCUAAAGUGAUUGGACAAUUGAUGGUUUUAUCUGCAACCGUCUUUUACAAUCGAACCUUGAAAAGGAUUCCCAUGCGGAAACUGAUUUGUGGUGUCCAGAUCACGUAUGCUAUCUCUAUUCUGGCAGAUCUCUUCUUGGUAAAACAGAUCAAUCUCAGACUUGGAAUUUCUAACGAGGCUUAUGUCCUAUGCGUGUCGGCUUUAGCAGAAGCGGUCGCUCAAUUUAAGAUCUUGCCCUUCUUGGUGCUGUUUGCGAAUGUAUGCCCACGGGGGUGCGAAGGAUCACUCAUUGCAUUCUUAGCUUCAGCUCUGUGUUUAUCUUCAAUAUUCAGUGGGUUUUUAGGUGUUGGGGUGGCAUAUCUGAUCGGCAUAUCAUCUGAGGACUAUUCGAACUUGUCUGUCGGGAUUCUAUUGCAGUUUGUAGCAGCUUUGGUACCUUUGGGAUGGAUUUCUCAGAUACCCAUUUCACAAACAGUAAGGAAAGGAAGGAAGAAAAGUCAAAGGAGGAGAAGAAUGGUGCUUUUGCCUGCUGGCAAUGAAGAGAAGUGAAUUGAAAACGCUGCUCUUGUUCAUUUCAGUAUAAGCCCUGCAUGGAGAAUGAAAUGGAUGCAUGGAAGCUGGAAGCGGUGGUGUGCCGAAGGCUAUUCAAGUCCUGUCUGUUCCCGAUGGGCAUUUGAACUACUCCAAACAGGAACUCACUCUCUUGGUUUCAAUGCAGAUCGGGCUUCGGAAUGUGAUUCUCUCGACUAUUCAUCUGCCUGCUAUUGAUGAAUUCCUGUAAAGAUUCCCAUGAUUGAUGGGAAGAUGUAAUUCAAUUUGUUGUAUCAGAACACUUCCACCAAUGGUUUUGAGUAUGUAUAUAUUCAUAUCGGCCAUCUCAACGAUUCAAAAGAUAGUUUGAUUC